AUGGUCAAGGUCGACAAACCCACACAGCGGCUGCCCAAGCAGCAGCUGCUCAUCCUUGCAGUAUGCCGCUUCGCAGAGCCUGUGGCGAUGACUUCGGUCUACCCCUACCUUCCUGAGAUGAUACAGUCUUUCCAUGUCCCCAACGAUAAGGUCGCUCGGUGGGCAGGACUCAUGUCCGCCGUGUUCUCGCUGUCUCAGUGCCUGACUGGCAUAGCGUGGGGCAGGGCCUCGGAUCGCUUUGGGCGGAAACCCAUCAUACUCCUUGCCUUGACCUGCACGAUGGUGUCCAGUGUCCUGUUCGGUUUCUCCAAAAACUUGGUGUGGGCUUUCAUAACACGAUCGUUGCAGGGCCUGUCAAACGGGAAUGUUGGGAUCAUAAGGACAGCGGUUGCAGAAUUAGUACCACAAAGAGAACUACAGCCCCUGGCAUUCAGCAUCAUGCCGCUGGUCUGGAACAUUGGGAGUAUUUUUGGGCCCUCGUUCGGCGGCUCCCUAGUCCAUCCUGUCGAACGUUAUCCCAGGAUUUUCGGCAAUUUCAAGUUACUUGAGAACUAUCCCUUCGCUCUCCCGAACCUCCUCAUCAGCCUCCUGUUCCUUUGUGGGAUCAGUGCGGGCUUUCUAUUUCUGCGUGAAACCUUGGAAGAGAAGAAAUCCCGGCGAGACUACGGAUUACUUGUCGGCAAACUGGUCAUCGCACCAUGUACGCGGAAGAAGCCCCGGGCUCGGGCGUAUUCCACAGACGAGUCUGAUCCCUUCUUGCGGGGUACGUCAAGCGAGAUGUCCUCGCCUAUCGUGGGUUCAGAGAUCAAGCCUCCGAAGCAAACACCCGGGUGGUCGCAGGUCUUUUCGAGGCAAUCAAACAUCAACCUGGCCGUAUACACGUUGCUCGCAAUGCAUUCGGUGGCUUUUGACCAGUUGUUGCCCAUCUUCAUGCAUUACCCUGUUCAGUCGAUUCCAGAUCCAGACGUGCAUCUGCCGUUGAAAUUUGCUGGUGGCUUUGGGAUCGAUUCGAACAGAAUAGGUCUGCUGUUCACUGUCUAUGGCGUCUUUGGCAUGCUCGUCCAAUUCUUCAUAUUCCCUACAUUUGCGAGGAGAUUCGGUGUAUUGAACUGUCUGAAGGCGUGUACUGUGAUAUUCCCGAUGGUGUACAUUGCCACCCCCUUCACUGCGCUACUUCCAACGGAUUCUUCCAGGCAAGGAGUCAUGAUGGUGUUGAUGCUGAUCAAGGGGUUUUGUGGUAUCUUUGCAUUUCCUUGCUCCACCAUCCUUCUCACGAACAGCGCCGCUAGUCUCAAGGUCCUGGGCACUCUGAACGGAGUCGCAACCAGUGUCUCGGCUAUCGGUCGAGCAACUGGACCUGCCCUUGCAGGAGGCACCUUCACCGCUGGAGUCGACAUAGGUUACUUGAUCAUUCCUUGGUGGACCUUGGCUCUGGUCGGCGCUAUUGGAGCAAUCCCGGUCUGGUCAUUGGUCGAAAUGGAGGGAUUCAGCAGCGGCCAGGAUGAUGAAGAUGAGGAAGGUGAAGAGGAUUUAGAAGAUGAAGAUGAUGCGAAGGCAACCGGCGUCCCUUCCACAGCGGCUCACUCGCGCCAUUCGUCGACAGCCGCCUGCAGUGAUGAUGUCUUUGUGGACGACGAGACCCCGCCAGAAUCAGCAGGGUUGAGUCGGGCCACUUCCAGGACUUCACUGGGUGUGCCUCGGCGCCACAGCCUUCAUCUCCACCGAGUAGCCAGUCCCAUUGGAAUGGGUCCUGGGAUCGUGCCUGCUGGAGCCAGGAGAUACAGCAGUGAUCUCGGGGCGACGAGGAGUGGCUUGGGUGCGGGUGGCACGAGUUACUAUUGA